AGAGGAGAGGAAACCCAGCCAGUGACUUUGUGAGACUAUGGAAGACAAUGGGAGCACCUUGUUUAAUGGAUUAAGAAAGUGGCGACUGCGCUAAAACAUGGAUAGAUGCAAACAUGUAGGACGGUUACGGCUCGCCCAGGACCACUCCAUCCUGAACCCCCAGAAGUGGUGCUGUCUGGAGUGUGCCACCACCGAGUCUGCGUGGGCCUGCCUCAAGUGCUCCCACGUGGCCUGCGGCCGCUACAUUGAAGACCAUGCACUAAAACACUUUGAAGAGACCGGACACCCGCUGGCCAUGGAGGUCCGGGAUCUCUAUGUGUUCUGCUACCUGUGCAAGGACUAUGUGCUCAAUGACAACCCCGAGGGGGACUUGAAGUUGCUGAGAAGUUCCCUCCUGGCGGUUCGAGGCAAGAAGCAGGACCUGCCCACGAGGCGUGGGCGGACGCUGCGGUCCACGGCUGCAGGCGAGGACGUGGUCCCGCCGCAGCGCACUCCUCAGGGACAGCCGCAGAUGCUCACGGCUCUGUGGUACCGGCGCCAGCGCCUGCUGGCCAAGACGCUGCGACUCUGGUUCGAGAAGAGCUCCCGCGGCCGCGCGCAGCUGGAGCAGCGGCGGCAGGAGGAGGCGCUGCAGCGCAAGAAGGAGGCGGCGCGACAGAGGCGGCGCGAGGUCAAGCGGCGACUGCUGGAGGAGCUGGCCAGCGCGCCGCCGCGGAAGAGUGCGCGCCUGCUCCUGCACGCUCCCGGGCCCGUAGCCGUGCGCCCCGCCACCCUCGCUACCUCCCGGCGCAUGUCCACGGCUGCCCUCAAGCCGCGCCGCCAGCCGGCGGUAGCCCCGGGUGUCACCGGCCUGCGCAACCUGGGGAACACCUGCUACAUGAACUCCAUCCUCCAGGUGCUCAGCCACCUCCAGAAGUUCCGGGAGUGUUUCCUGAACCUCGACCCUUCCACCUCCGAGCACCUUUUCCCCCAAGCAACCAACGGCAAGGCUCAGCUCUCUGGGAGGCCAGCCAGCAGCUCUGCAGCGGAGUUGUCAGUAAGGACCCAGGGGUGCGAACCUCAGGGCCUCUGCUGGAGUAGCGGAGCCUCCAUCAGCAGAAGUCUGGAGCUCAUUCAGAACAAGGAACCCAGCUCAAAGCACAUUUCCCUCUGCCACGAACUGCACACCCUCUUCCGAGUCAUGUGGUCUGGGAAGUGGGCGCUCGUGUCACCCUUUGCCAUGCUUCACUCCGUGUGGAGCCUGAUUCCCGCCUUCCGUGGCUACGACCAGCAGGACGCACAGGAAUUUCUCUGCGAACUGCUGCACAAGGUGCAGCAGGAACUUGAGUCUGAGGGCUCCACUCGCCGGAUCCUCAUCCCCUUCUCCCAGAGGAAGCUCACCAAGCAGGUCUUAAAGGUGGUGAACACCAUAUUUCAUGGGCAGCUGCUCAGUCAGGUCACAUGUGUAUCAUGCAAUUAUAAAUCCAAUACCAUUGAGCCCUUUUGGGAUCUGUCCCUGGAAUUCCCUGAACGAUACCACUGCAUAGAAAAGGGGUUUGUCCCUUUGAAUCAGACAGAGUGCCUGCUCACUGAGAUGCUAGACAAGUUCACCGAGACAGAGGCCCUGGAGGGGAGAGUCUACGCUUGUGACCAGUGUAACAGCAAACGACGCAAGUCCAACCCCAAACCCCUUGUUCUGAGUGAAGCUAGAAAGCAGUUAAUGAUCUACAGACUACCUCAGGUCCUCCGGCUACACCUUAAAAGAUUCAGGUGGUCUGGCCGUAACCAUCGUGAGAAGAUCGGGGUUCAUGUCGUCUUUGACCAGGUAUUAACCAUGGAGCCUUACUGCUGCAGGGACAUGCUCUCCUCUCUUGACAAAGAGACCUUUGCCUAUGAUCUCUCCGCGGUGGUCAUGCAUCACGGGAAAGGGUUUGGCUCAGGACACUACACAGCCUAUUGCUACAACACAGAGGGAGGUUUUUGGGUCCACUGCAAUGACUCCAAGCUGGAUGUAUGCAGUGUCGAGGAAGUGUGCAAAACCCAGGCCUACAUUCUUUUUUACACUCGAAGAACAGUUCAGGGCAGCGCAAAACUCUCAGAACCCCACCUCCGAGCUCAGGUGCACUCCAGCAGCAAAGACGAACGCAAAACAUACACAUUUCCCUGACUGGGAGGCAAGCAUCAAAAUGGCCUCCAGUUCUCCUCUUGGGAAAUAAGGCUCGCCACAGUAACAGAUUCCUGGGUUUGCCUCACUGGGUUUAGGGGAGACAAUGCCCUGUGAUUCCUGCUCUGUCAAAAAAUUGGUAGUCACUUUCUUGUGAAACCAUGGAAAUCCCAUCCUUUCAUAAAAACAAUCUAAAGGA